GUCGUGGUACUAAGAGCGCAAGCUUCUGUAACUCAGAGCAGUGUGGCCCCUGUGAGCUUUCACGAGAAGACUGUGAAGGAAAUAAGAACAAUCUCUCCUCCUGUUCCUCAUGUGUUUAACAUGAAUUUUGAAUUUCAGUUUCUGCAGAACUCCUAAAAUUUGAAGAUACACAGGAUUUUGUUUUUCGAUUCAUCACGUGUUUAGCUCUGUACUAUCAGAUGCUCUGAACAAUAAAGGUGUCAAUCUUAAAGAGGAAUAUGAAAGAUACUUGAGUUAAAAGGAUCAUAAAGGAACAUAAGAUUUCGUUUGCAACACGCUGUUUCCUCUGAAGAGUAUGGGUUGGAAUCAGAAGAGCAGAAUGAAUUUUUCCUUAUUGCUACCUUCUUUGUUGGGAAUUUCUCUCCUAUGGCCUUGUCUUCCAGCAACAGAAAACUCGAAAACAGAGAAAGUUAAGCACUCAGCAGGACCUCAUUUGAGAGUGAAGCGUGGCUGGAUGUGGAACCAGUUUUUUGUACCAGAGGAAAUGAAUAGGACUAGUUAUCGCAUUGGCCAGCUAAGAUCCGAUUUAGACAAUGGAAACAAUUCUUUCCAGUACAAGCUUUUGGGAGCUGAGGCUGGAAGUAUUUUUGUCAUUGAUGAAAGAACAGGUGACAUAUAUGCCAGACAGAAGCUUGAUAGAGAGGAACGAUCCCUCUACACUCUAAGAGCCCAGGUAAUAGACACCACCACUGGAAGGGCUGUGGAGCCUGAGUCUGAGUUUGUCAUCAGAGUUUCGGAUAUCAAUGACAAUGAACCAAAAUUCCUAGAUGAACCUUAUGAGGCCAUUGUACCAGAGAUGUCUCCAGAAGGAACGUUAGUCAUCCAGGUAACAGCAAGUGAUGCUGAUGAUCCUUCGAGUGGCAAUAAUGCUCGUCUCCUGUAUAGUUUACUACGAGGCCAACCCUAUUUCUCCAUUGAACCAACAACAGGAGUCAUAAGAAUAUCUUCUAAAAUGGAUAGAGAACUGCAGGAUGAGUACUGGGUAAUUAUUCAAGCCAAAGACAUGCUUGGUCUGCCUGGAGCACUGUCUGGAACGACGAGUGUAUUAAUUAAACUUUCUGAUGUUAAUGACAAUAAACCCAUAUUUAAAGAAAGUUUGUAUCGCUUGACUGUCUCUGAGUCUGCACCCACUGGGACUUCUAUAGGGAAAAUCAUGGCAUAUGAUAAUGACAUAGGAGAGAAUGCAGAAAUGGAUUACAGCAUUGAAGAAGAUGAUUCUCAAACAUUUGACAUCAUUACUAAUAAUGAGACCCAAGAAGGAAUAGUUAUAUUAAAAAAGAAAGUGGAUUUUGAGCACCAGAACCACUACGGUAUUAGAGCAAAAGUUAAAAACCGCCAUGUUGAUGAGAAGCUCAUGAAAUAUCACGCUGAAGCCUCCACUACUUUCAUUAAGGUUCAGGUAGAAGAUGAUGACGAACCUCCUGUUUUCCACUUCCCGUAUUACAUAUUUGAGAUCUUUGAAGGAAGCCCGCACGGGUCGUUUGUAGGCGUGGUCUCUGCCGCAGAUCCAGAUCAGAGGAACUCUCCUAUUGGGUAUUCUGUUACCAGAAGCAAAGUGUUCAGUAUUGAUGACAAUGGCACAAUCAUCGCAACUAACCCUCUUGAUCGAGAGAUUAGCGCUUGGUACAACCUCAGCGUUACAGCCACAGAGAAAUACAAUGUACAACAGAUUUCUGCAGUCCCUGUGUAUGUGCAAGUUCUGAAUAUUAAUGAUCACCCUCCUGAGUUCUCUGAAUACUAUGAGACUUUCGUUUGUGAAAAUGCAGCCUCUGGGCAGGUAAUUCAGACCAUCAGUGCUGUGGAUAGAGAUGAAUCCGUAGAAGAUCACCAUUUUUACUUUAAUCUGUCUGUAGACGAUGCAAAGAACUCAAGUUUUACAAUCAUGGAUAAUCAAGAUAACACAGCUGUAAUUUUGACUAAUAGAACUGGUUUUAGCCUUCAAGAAGAGCCUGUCUUCUAUAUAUCAAUCUUAAUUGCCGACAAUGGAAUCCCAUCACUUACAAGUACAAACACCCUUACCAUAUACAUCUGUGACUGUGAUGACAAUGGCAGUACACAGACCUGCAGUAAUAAGGAUCUUAUGCUUUCCUUGGGAUUCAGGACAGAAAUCAUCAUUGCUAUUCUGAUAUCCAUCAUGAUAAUAUUUGGGUUUAUCUUUUUGAUCCUAGGUCUGAAACAACAAAGAAAACAGACUCUAUUUCCGGAGAAAGGUGAAGAUUUCGGGGAGAAUAUAUUCAGAUAUGACGACGAAGGGGGAGGAGAAGAAGACACAGAAGCCUUUGACAUUGCAGAGCUGCGGAGCAGCACCGUCAUGAGGGAGCGCAGGACUCGGAAAGCCCCCGCUGCAGAGAUCAGGAGCCUGUACAGGCAGUCUUUGCAGGUUGGCCCGGAUAGUGCCAUAUUCAGGAAAUUCAUUCUAGAAAAGCUCGAAGAAGCUAAUACUGAUCCUUGUGCCCCUCCUUUUGAUUCCCUCCAGACCUAUGCUUUUGAGGGAACAGGGUCAUUAGCUGGAUCCCUGAGCUCCUUAGGAUCAGCAGUCUCUGAUCAGGAUGAAAAUUAUGAUUACCUUAAUGAAUUGGGACCUCGCUUUAAAAGAUUAGCUUGCAUGUUUGGUUCUGCUAUGCAAUCAAAUUAUUAGGGCUUCUUUAUUGUUAAAAUUUUAAAAAUGCUAAUGUUUGUUUGGGAAAACUGGUUGUCUCUUGGUAAAGAGUUGUGUGAUCCAGUUCUCUGGGGAACAAAAAAGACCAACUUAGAGUGUUUUCUGAUUUCCUUGGUGUAAAUACCCCAUAGUUAUUGCAGGCUACCCACACAUUGUCAGUGAAUCAGAUAUGGGAAGAAAUGUUAAUAAUUAGCUCUUGGCUGUCAAUGCAAGCCAACUCUAGUGUACCAUUGAAAUAUUCCUCUAGCAUUGUUUUCAAUACCAUCCAAUACAAAUUCUCAAAAGUUUUGAAUGUUUAAUGUGAGAAAGACUCUGAACCAGGUCAUCUUAAUAUUAUUUCCUUUAUUCAUUUUUCGAAGCUAAAAAAGUAAGAAUAAAGUGUUUGUGUAUGUUGUUUCUAAUACUGUACAGAGAUAAACACCUAGGAUAACCUGGGUGAUUAUAUGAAACUUUUAAAAAUGAUUUCUCUUUUAUGAAUCAGCAAGUUUCUGAGUGAAAUUCUGUGAUUCAUUCUAGUUUGGUAUUUUAAAAUCAUUCUUAAGACCACACUUUAAAACUGAUUUCAAAUUUAGACAGAGAUUUGGUACACAUUAACUAAAGGUAUAGUAUAAAUUUGUAUUGUUUUUCAUAUUGCAGUAUGUCACAAUACAAUGACAAAUACAUGUCAACGCUUAUUCAACAUUAAAUUUAAACUUUAUGAAAAUGGUGGAAAGUGUGGAAAAAUUUUAAUUAAAUUUUUAUUGCUACUAAAAAUGAUAAAGAUAAAUGAAAGGAGUACUGUAUUGAAACCUGAAUUAAUAUUCCUCUUAAAUAUUAUGAUCAACUGCACCAACUCUUUCCAUGUGUAGAAUAAAACAUGAUAAAAUUUUCAGCAUUUCCUGUUUUAUUAAGAGCUUAGAACAGAACUGAUUCUUCAGUGUCAUUUUUUAUUAUGGAAUAUAAAAUUAGGUGCAAUAGUUACUUUUAUUGUAACAUUACGAAGGAAAUAUGCUAAGCUGCUGGAUGUAGAACUUUAUGAUAACAUUAGACAACGAGAUAAUAACAUAAUUUUAAUCAUCUUUUUAAGAAUGAUACUUAUUAUUCUAUCUAAAUAAAGGCAGAAUUCAAAAUUCACAAUUUGAAGAGAAAGAAAGUUGUGAAUAUAAUGUUCUCCAAAUUCGUUUAUAUAUGUUCAUUUUUUAUUAGCAGCAUGUGAAACUGAGCUGAACAUAAUUGCUCAUAUGUGUUUAAAUCAAAUAUUUCAAAAAAAUUUAGCUAAAGUUAGAGUAGUUGAAUGGCUACAGUAUUUUUUCCUCUGUACUUUGAAGCAUAAACACCCAUACUGUGUAAUAGAAGAGUUUUUCAUCAAUAUCAAUCAAGUACCAUUAUGUUGGUGACACAGAUAUCACUUUACAAAAGGCUGAGAAAAUCAGACUUAAAAUACAACAAUUUAGCAAAAUAUUAAAAGUAGAUAAGAGGACAUAAGCUGUAUGAAAUCCUCGUGCAUUCAUAUAAUUAUUUACUUAGGGAAGAAUAAUAAAACUAAACCAAAGAAAAUUUUAAAAAGAAUUAUAAUUUGCCAGAAAAUAGAAAUGUAUGACUUGAGAGAACAUUUACAUUUCUAUCAUAUUGACAUAAAAAUGGAAAGAGUAUAGUUAGGAAAAUUUUCAUGAAUUAUUCCAUGGAGGAUAUAUUGUUCUCUAUAUUUAAAAAAUAAUGCUAUGUAGUUUUGGUUGAAGAACUGGAAAGUACGAUAAACAACAGAUCAAGCAAUCCAUGGAAAAUGGAUUAGAAAAAAGAAAUGGAGUCUUCUGGGGAUGGUAGUAGGUGAUGUCAUCAGUGAAAGCCUUAUAAACCACUUAUAAACUUGGAUGAACAACUCACAAAAUGCAAUAUCUGCAUCAGUGAGGUUUAAUGUUUGUGUCCGGUGACAUAAAGCAGUUGUAUUAAAAUAAAUUCUGCUUUAAUUAGUGAUAGAAUUGUCAAUCAUAGAGUACGUAGGAAACGAGCAUACAUGGUUCCAUAUCUAUUUACUAGUCUAAAAAGUGUCCUUUUAAUUUAUAUAAAAAAUACUGUCAGAUUCUAGCAGAGAAGUUGCAAUUUUCUAGAAAUUAUACUGGGUAAUACUUUAAUAACUAUUUUAAUCAUAUUCUUGUCACAUGGGUGUUGCAAGAACAUAGCUGUACCCUAGCUAAAGACAUGACAUUAAGAUCUCAUUUUCAUAAAUUUUAAUAAAGGCUAAAUCAACACAGAUAUUUAUAAAAAUAGCACAGCUUCGGAGUAAUACCUGCAGUGUUUAAAUAUCAGCCUCACUUGACUCACAGGUUUACGUGUAGGUCUUAAGUUACUAAUGAGCUGGAACAGGAAAAUAUUUAAAGUUCUCAUAGGAAUCCAAAAAUAUUAGCAAUAGUAGUAGUUCCCUCAGCACACGGGCUUGAACUUCAUGGAUCUGAGUGGGAAUUAGUUCACUCUCAUUUAAAUAACUGUGUGAACUUUGUCAAACUGCCUAAUCUUUCUGGAUCUGAGUUUGUACUUUGUAAAAUGAGAUCUGAGCUCCCUAUUUCACAUGAUCGUUGUGAAGAAUAAGUAGAACAAGCAGCACAAGCAGUAUCUAACCAACACAAGGGCUCAGUGAAUAACUGUGCGUCAUCGUAACGGCUGACGUUAUUCUACUGGAACACACAGCCAGGUUUCUUUUCUAGCACUGAUUGAUCCCGGUGGCUUCACAGCACAUUUGGAAUAUAAAUCAGUGUCCUGAUCUGACACAUAAGGCCGUGGAUUAUCCUGUCCCUGCUUCUUUCUACAGUCUCUUAGCUCUUCCAAUCUCAUGUUCUAGGCCUGAAACAAUCUUUCUCCAAACACUUCUAUUGUUCAUUCCCUCCCUUCAUUCAGGUCUGUGAUCAACUGCAAUGUCCUCAGAAAGGCUUACCUGUUCACUGUCCCUUACUGUAGCCCUCGCUCUUCCUUUUCACCAAAUCACGUAGCCACCAAGUAUUACAUUAUAUAUAUCUCGCUUCUUAUUGUCUUUAUUCCUUAUUAGAAUGUAAGCCCUAAGAGGGCAAGGAAUUACCUGUCUUGUUCAUUCGUUAUUGUCUAAAAUUGUUUCUAGUACAUAGAAAGCGACCAAUAAAUAUUUCUUAAAUGAAUAUAAUAAUGAUUAUCAAUCUAUUUUGCUUGCUCAUAUAUAGAUGCCAUAUUGACUUUUGUUGACUAUUAAUAUGGAAUUAAUGUAUUUUUCAAAGUGGGGUGGCAUUGGGUAGUUCUUGGGUACAGUAAGAUUUUUUUGAAAUCUUUCUAGAGAUUAUGACUUUGAGUUUUAACUUGUUUGGACUUAUUAUUCCCAGGAGGAAAAAAAGGUAAUGACAUUGUACUGUUCAGUCAAAAGAGGUCCUUUGAUGGCUGCUGUAGAAAUUCUCAUAUAAAUAAGUUCCCACGAAGAGUGAUGAAUAUGAAAACAUGUUCAAUGCAUGAGAAUUCUGCUUCACAUCUUAGAAUACAACUUGGUAACAAAUGCAUUGUUAAGCUUACAAGGCUACAAAGCCUACAAGGUAGCUUCAUGUUCUUUUAUAUGAUGUAAAACGGCAUUAGAUAUCAAAUACAUUAAAGGCUGGGAGACAAAAUGGAAAGAUAAAUGGAGGAAAGGAAUGUGUGGCUUUUUACAUAUCCAAUUAUGUCCAUCAAUCUAUCAUCUAUCAUCAUCUAUCAUCUAUCAUCUAUCUGUCUAUUGAGAGAAAUUUCGACUUCCUGGAGGAGGGGAGACUAGAAUCUCAAUCACGAAGUAAAUCCUCGGACCUUGUUAAAAUGUGGUGCCGUCUUGUUUUUUAUAGCGAGCUCUGAGGAUGGCAGGCUGACUGAAAUGGCAAGGUAAGGGAGAAUGCCGCAGCUGGGCAAAAUGCAGUUCUGAGCCUCUGACUGGGCAAGGCUGGAUGAAUUUCCCAUAGGUUAAGUUGUUGCAGCUGUGGAAAUUUUGCACAAAAGGUAGGAGCUAAGAGGCAGCUUAAAUCAGUCAUGCAAAGAAUAUGUCACAUAGGCUAAGGAAAAACAGGGACCUCAAGUCCUUAAAGUGUCUCUGAAUACCCCACACAUGUGCCCCAGGAUAGAGUGCCAGCGGUUGGAUGCCUGUCAUCACACUGGACUCUGGCUGUGAAAUUGUGAUAGCACCAGCCAUGUUUACUGUGCCACUUAUCUGUCAUCUCUCCAUCCCUACCCAGACACCAGAGGUCCAGAAGCAGCAGAGCAACCAGGAGAGAGUGAAAGAUGUGACCUUACACUAGGUGUGAGGUUAAAAUCUUCUCAUACCUAGAAAAGGGGUUUUAAAAAAAUAUUUGACAGUGACCGGAAGCUAUGCAAAUGGAGAUUUGGCCAAGGUGGGCAUCAGAAAGAUCAAUGCAAAUGUGUCUAAAAACUGAAUAAAAUAAAAUAUUUUCAUGAUGUUUCUUUCAAGUUGCAAAGUAAUCGAUAACCUGUAUAC